UCUAAUUCCGCAUAGAGCGAAACAAACAUGGCGGUGGAAUGGAGCGUGAAGGGGUCCACGUUGACGUUAAUAUUGUUAUUUUGGUGUAAAGUUUGUACAAACGGAGCGGAGUCCUUGGGGAGCGACAGCCGGAUCCUUGGCAUGCGGCUGGAGAAUAGCAGUAAAUCGGCCGAGAUCGCCGAUGACGGGAUCAUACAGGUAACCGAGGAGAACACGAUCGCGCUCAGGUUCUACGGACUGAACAUCAGCAAUGACACCUGGACGCAGAUUAAGUUCAUUGAUCAGGAGGAAGAAAUCAGCUCUGAUUCGAACAGGACUUGUGCUGAUUUUACUAAAGACAUGAUCAUCGGUACCUUUAUGAAUGUCAGCAGCCAGGGCACAUCUGGAGUGGUGAAUGUCACAAUCAAACCACUUCGGAAAAGUGAGUCCCACAGGGUUUAUGGCUUGUGCAUCAGACGCCACCAAGAUGGAAAGUGGUACCUGUUUGGGGAUCAUGAUGGGAAGUUACGUGUGGUUGAGGAAAAGAAGUAUCUGCUUCCCAUUUGGUUCCAGGUGAUCUUGAUAUGCUGCCUAUUGGUGUUGUCAGGUAUGUUCAGUGGUCUCAACCUGGGUCUCAUGGCUUUGGACCCCAUGGAGCUGCGAAUCGUGCAGAGCUGUGGCACGGAUAAAGAAAAGAAGUACGCACGUAAGAUCGAGCCCAUUCGGAGGAAAGGCAACUACCUGUUGUGUUCGCUUCUCCUCGGCAACGUCUUGGUCAACACCACGCUGACCAUCCUGCUCGAUGACCUCAUCGGCUCCGGUUUGGGUGCCGUGGUGGCGUCGACCAGCGGCAUCGUCGUAUUCGGUGAGAUCGUUCCUCAGGCUCUCUGUUCCCGCCAUGGCUUGGCGGUGGGUGCCAACACCAUCAUGGUCACCAAGUUGUUCAUGUUGUUGACUUUUCCGUUGUCCUAUCCCAUCAGUAAGCUUCUAGAUUGCGUGCUGGGGCAGGAGAUAGGCACCGUGUACAAUCGGGAGAAGUUGGUGGGGAUGCUAAAGGUGACAGAGCCAUACAACGACAUCGUGAAAGAGGAGCUCAACAUGAUCCAGGGAGCUCUGGAGUUGAGGACUAAAACGGUGCAGGGCAUCAUGACACCGCUCUUAAACUGCUUUAUGAUCAACAGCGACACAGUCCUGGACUUCAACACCAUGUCGGAAAUCAUGGAGAGCGGGUACACGCGCAUCCCUGUGUAUGAAGGCGAACGCACCAAUAUAGUGGACAUCCUUUUUGUGAAGGAUCUGGCGUUCGUUGACCCGGAUGACUGCACCACCUUGAAAACCAUCACUAAGUUCUACAACCAUCCAGUGCACUUCGUUUUUCACGACACUAAGUUGGAUUCCAUGUUGGAGGAGUUUAAGAAAGGUAAAUCACACUUGGCAAUCGUUCAGAAAGUGAAUAAUGAAGGAGAGGGAGAUCCGUUCUAUGAGGUGGUCGGAUUGGUCACCCUGGAAGAUGUCAUUGAAGAAAUCAUAAAAUCCGAAAUCUUGGAUGAGUCUGACCUUUAUACUGAUAACCGCCACAAAAAGAAAGUGGCGCACAAUAAGAACAAACGUGAUUUUUCUGCUUUCAAACAAGAGAGCGAAUCUAAAGUCAAGAUCUCCCCUCAGCUGCUAUUGGCUGCUCAUCGUUUCCUCGCAACAGAGGUAAAUUUGUUCAGUCCGUCUCAGAUCUCCGAAAAAGUUCUUUUGCGAAUUCUUAAGCACCCCGAUGUGAUCCAGGAUAUCAAAUUCAACGAGAACGAUAAGAGAUCGGCACACCACUACCUUUACCAGCGAGGCAAACCAAUAGACUACUUCAUUCUCAUACUGCAGGGCCGUGUGGAAGUGGAGGCCGGAAAUGAAAAUAUGAAGUUUGAAACUGGACCGUUCUCUAACUAUGGUGUCAUGGCUCUGAUCGCUCCAACUCUAGAGUUUCGAUCGCCCUCUCAUAUCAGCGGUCUGAAUCGCUCUGCGUCACUGAGCUACACGGACCGCCCUGAAACUCAGUCCGUAAGCGGCAGCAACACGCAGCUCAGCAGCGCCACCCUGACGCAUUACACACCAGACUUCCAUGUUCGAGCUCUCACAGACCUACAAGUUGUAAAGAUCACACGUUCUCAGUAUCAGAACGGCCUGGUAGCGUCGCGACUGGAAAGCUCACAGCAAUCUCCGGACAGUGGACACACGCGUGCAAAUAACAGCACGUUUUCCGUCCCCAAUCCCUCUUUUGAAAACAUGGUCACGCUCACAGACACCCCCGAUGAGACGACAUCGCUCCUCAACGAGCAGAACAGUCUGCCAACCCGUCAGCCUAACCACAACACGCUUAAUGACAGCACCGUCUGACACACACAUGAUCAUCGCUUCUCACUGGCAUGCACCAUCUUGAACUUUGGACAUAUGGAUAUUACCAACAACAGGACAUUACGCACUUUUUCCUGGACAGUGAUUCAAGUAUGUUUAGAUUAUCAUAACUGUUUUAGCGUUAGCAAUAGCAGAUGCCAGUAACUUGACGAUGCAAUAUGUCUAUGAAAAGCAUUCGAACCAGGAAGGCGUAACGUUAUAAAACUUUGCUGGAAGGAAGCCAAAGUGUAUCUGGUCAGCGAGAGAGAAAGAGACGUGUUUUCAACAGACUGACUCUGGCAUUUUAUAGACUGUUCAAAUAGAGACAUUUAUAUAAAUACAGAAAUGUUUAUUUUGUCAUUUUUCUAUCUAGAUUGCUCAAAGAGAUUUGCAGAAAGUCAUCGUAAAAGAGGGAAACUGCAGAUGCCUUUUUUAUUUCGUGUUUGUUCAUAGUCACUCAUCUUUGUACCAAAUUAUAUUUCUGUCAUUUGUGCACGAGUGUAUGUGUGUUUGAGUGAAAGAGAGGAUGACAAUGAGAUUUAGUGAGCGAAUGUGUGUUUGUAGCCUAUAUAAGAUUUAGGCUGUCGGCGCUCAAGCAAGCAUUAACUCAGGGAUAUAGUGACACUGAACUUCACAUACAAACUGCAUGUGCGAUGAUUUCCUGUUCGUUAUAUGAUAUGAUUUCAUGUUCAAGUGAUCAAAAAGUGAAGCAUGCUGUUGUUUAAGUGGUAAAAUAUACAUACUAAGCAUACUGGAACAAAUGAUAUCCACAUGUACUUUUAUUGUUUGAAACUUGUGGUUGUCUGAGGGGACAGGUCAUGUGAUUUGGUGUCAGUGUAUGCGUAGAAUUUCGUCAAGUCCUUUUUAAAUGAAUGCAUUUUUAACUCCAAAGAAAACAAGCAUUAGUUGUUGUAGUGCAAAUGUUUCUUUGUAAAAAAAUUGCGCAAAAUGUUUGUUUGAUAGAGCUCGUAAACUGUUUCUCCCAAUGGACCAGAGGUGAACCAACCAAAAGAAUAUAUCUUUUGCUGUAUUUAUUUAGCAUCAAAUUUCACUCUUUUAUUUUUUAAAUGGUUUUUUCUUUGUUUUGGGAAUUGUUAAAAUGUCUGUGUUUUGUAAGCAGGCUAGUUGGGUGGUUAUUUUUGUUGGGGCAUGGACUCAUUUAGACCCAACUGAGAGUGGAGUGGCGAUUUCAGGACAUGACAUCGUUAUUGUUUGGUUGCUUUGCCUUAUAAUACACUGUUGGUCAUUUGCUUUAAAACCAAAUAUUUUUUAAAAGAACAAUCAAAGUGUAAAGUGUCUGAGGAGACGACACAUGAGUAGCCAAAUGAAUACCUAAAAAGCCUCUUUUAAUCUGUAGCAUCGCUUGAAUUUGAUAUAGAGAGGCAGAAGAACUGCACUGUGUGAGGUAUUUAUGAAGACACUCCCUGUUCUGUCAAGCUUUAAUCGGUUCCUGUUAUUUAAUCAGUCAUAACAUUGUGAUUUACUUUUCUUUUUGAAAACUGAAGCAAUUUGUAUGUGUGACAACCUCUUGAUUCUUUUUAUCUACUGUAUUUUUCCAAGUUAUUUUGUGGUUUGGAAGAGGUCUUCUUUUAGAUUAUCCGAGUUUGGCUAUUAAAUUAUUUAUUAAAUCAGUGUAAAAUGUA